AUGGUAAUAUCCCAGGAGGUCAGUAUCAUGGUUUAUUCCUGUUUCUGGAAAGGGAUUGAGACCUGGUUUUCCCCCUUCCGAAACACGCAUAUUCCUCAUGCUGACGUCGAGAACUAUCGCGCGUGGGAAGCUGCCUUUGAACGUCAAGUAUACGACUUCCUCGGACUCAACUAUCCCGCAAAGGCCUUGUUCUUGUGUCUCAAAGGGAUAUGGCACUUUUCAGCCGGCAUGAUGCGACGGAUGGGCAACAAACAGGACGGCACCGAUCGAAUUUUCUCAGGCUUCCGGGCUCCGCUUCCACAGGACUUUCAGCCUGAAACAAACAACCUCGCCAGCCUCAGACUUGAAGUGCAGGAAGAGACCAACGGUAUUACUGGGACUAUCUACACAGUUACGUUAGAGCAUGUACCGCACCAGAUUUACCAUCAUUUGGACCAAGCGCUUAUACCUGCCCCGUAUCAGGAGUCGUUUUAUGGUCCCGUAUUUUUUCCGUUUAUCCUUGUCGGGUUCAUGGUACCGAUAGCGGUGGCUUUGAAGGAAAAUUCGUCGAGAAUGCAGUCGAUUUUCAUCAUCGAGCAAAUGAUUGUCUUGAUCCUCAAGUUCUAUGAUGCUAGUGACGUGAAGAUCAACACCAGGUUUGAAGAAGCUGGAUCCGGAGCACAAGGUGCAGCACAAGAAAAUCCGGCUACGCCGCAGGAAUUGCAAACUCAGAGCGGCAGCUCUUCAGCGACUGAAUCACCCGUGGGUGAUAACGGAACCAUCGAUCACGAAAGCCGUUCAACCACCGCUUCAACACAUUCGGUGGUGCUUCCUAUCACCCACAAUUUGGAGAGAGGUGAUACUCCGCCAGAUCCAAAAUCUCCGAAUACCACCCAACCAGUUGCCAAUGAUCAAAUGAACAUUCGAGAACUGUCCGAGUCGGGCGCCCCGGCCCAAGGAGGAACGGCCGACAACUCCGCUUCAGCCUUGCCACAAGUUGGGCGGCUCGAAGCACUCACAUCUCCAUCAAGCCAUCAGCCAGUUUCCUGUGCUGAAAUCCAUACUUCAUAG